UUUUAGGAAAAAAUAAAAAUUAAAUAACUCCCGUCUCCUUUAGAAUCUAUCCCACCCUUUUUAUUUUUUCUUUGUUGUGCAUGUGUACGUAACAUCACUUGAAGAAAAUAUAAAAUGGGUUGCGCGGUAUCAAAGUCGGAGCACGUACAAGAGUUCGGGCUCCGACCCAUGCUCCGCCAACGACUAGAGGAGUUUACGGCUAGGAGGCAUGGCGGCCUUUCUAAAAAACAGCUCCUUGCAGCUGAUGCUAUCCUCAUUUCUCGGGAUUCCGUAGGUGAAGAAGAUGAUGAUCAUGAUGAUCAUAAUGAUAUUCCUAAUAAUCAACAAAUUAUUGUGCCUCCAUUGAAUGAUGAUGAAUCUUUUCAAUUUACCCAACAAUCUCCUCCAACCCCUCAAAUUAUUAUUCCUACUAUUGAAAAUAAUGUUAAUUUUUCAAGUUUAUUACCUGAUAAAAAUCAUGAUCAUGAUCAUGAUGAUAGUGAUCAUGAUAAGGUAAAUAAUGAUAAUGAUAUUAAAGAGGAAGAAAAAGAUGAUGAUAAAAUAAUAAAAGUGCAAGAACUGAAAAUGUUGUCUAAGGAUUCAUCAUCACAAGAAGAGGAGGAAUUAAACUUUGAAGAAGUUGAGAACAUGAAUGUUUGUCCUGGUUCUCCUAGUUUUCGAGUUUAUUGCAUUCAUUCUGUUGAUGAUGAGCUUGAAGAAAUUGCAGGGCACUCGGAAGAAUCAAAGGAAGAUGAUAAAGAGUGCAUAGGUCAAGAAUCAAAUGAGGUGGCAGCACUGAAAAAAGUAGGAGUGACAAAGAAGCACAAAAGAGGGAUAAAUAAGUUGAAGUUGACAGCAAUCCCAAAGGGAGCGGGGAAAAGUAUAAAGAAUAACAUGCAAAAUUUAUACAACUUUCCUUGUAGUUGUACCAACAAUCGUUCCCACCAAUUAAUAUCAGAAGCAGUUGCUUGAUUCGUUAUAUGCAUGCGGCCCCCUACUUGAUUAGGAGGAUCAUCUCAAUUCUAGCUAGGAGACUAGCUUAUUUUAAGAAAAAGAGGGACUAGUUCUUGCAUCGAAUACAGGAAGAUCAGGGUGUAUGCAUUGUAUUUUUGUUGCCCUAUCUUCUUUUUUUUGUGUACCGUAGAAAGAAGAGAAUUGAGAAGUAUGGUACUCCCAAAAGUAUGCAUACGUAGCAUCGUAAGUUUGAUGAUUAUGUAUCGUUGCAUCAUGCAUGUCUUUCGUAAAUGGGAAAAAUGAAAACAUUUUAUUCUAUUAAUAUCAUCGAUUACUUCCACUUAAUUAGAAUUUAAGAGGAUUUAAUAAACCAAACUUUAUUUUUGUUAUUGAUAAUAAAGAGAACAUUUUG